AUCACCAGAGAAAGUUCCGCCAUUCCCAGGUUUGAACCUCCCCGGAUCUUCACCUUCUGGUCCUAGAGGAAGUGCUGGAAUCCCUAUUUCCAUGCGUGGACGAGCUGGUUUCCCAAUUGACGCCACUGGGCCUCUCCCACCUCCACAAGAUGUUAAUGCUGGCGAGCCAGUGUCAAACAUAACACCACCACCUCCUUCCUCUUCUGACUUCUCUGCAAACGCGCUACCUGGACCUGAUGCGAUGCUUGGCAUUGGAGGAGCCCCUCCUGGAUUUUCACCUUUGGACCUUAGUGGUUUUCCUGGUCUAGACACUUCCGCACCAUUUCCAAGUUUAGAUUCUACUGCACCAUUUCCAAGUUCAGACUCUUUGCCUAUUGGCGGUAGCGUGGCAAGUCCGUCAUCUUCAUCUAUUUCAAACACAGAUAUUUUUAAUGCAUCACCAGUGGAUCCGUUCCCUUUUAAUACCGCCGGAACUGUGUUCAGCGAUACAGGCAGUAUAGGAAUUAUACCAACUGAUACAGGUAGUGUUCCAUCUGAGCCUAUCCCCGACCCCGCCAUAGCCACACAAGUUCCUGUCCCCCAAGACGUUUUCCAACCAGGUCCCACUGAUGUGCUUCAGAAUCCUACGGAGGGAAUCCCUAUCCAAGACGCGCCGAUCCCACAGCUUCCCUCACAGGUUGCUACUGACAACAACAAAGGUGGAAAGAAAAAGAAACGAGGCCAGCAAAUGAUGAUGGCCGUUCUUGACCUCACAAAUGCUAACAAUGAGAACUUAAGCGCAAUGAUAAAGGCUUUACAAAACCUUGUUAAGAAACCAGUUC